GAAAAAGGAAAGUAGGAAGGGAGAUAAAAAGGGAAAAAUAAACAACGGGGAGCGUAUCUGCCUGAGAAGAGGAGGCGUCUUCACAUACAGCCUUCAUUUGGAAAAAGAGAGAAAGAGACAAAAGAAGAUGGAGACAUGAUGAAUCAUUAGCUCCAUGUGUGAUGGGAGGACGGCGGUGGAAGUCAGCUGGAUGUGAGAUAAACAGGUAAAAUAAAGCAUCCACUGAAGAAGAGGAGGAGGAGGUGAGAAGAUGAAGCUGAAUGAACGCAGCGUGGCGCACUACGCCACCUGUGACACGCCACCGGACAAGACGGGCUUCCUGUUCAAGAAGGGCGAGCGCAACACGGCGUACCACCGGCGCUGGUUCGUGCUGAAGGGCAACAUGCUCUUCUACUUCGAGGAGCGCGAUGGCCGAGAGCCCAUCGGCGUCAUCGUCCUCGAGGGAUGCACCGUGGAGCUGUGCGAGUCGGCCGAGGAAUUCGCCUUCGCCAUCAAGUUCGACUGUGCCAAGGCACGCGUGUACAAGAUGGCCGCGGAGAACCAGGCAGCCAUGGAGUCGUGGGUGAAGGCGUUGUCACGGGCCAGCUUCGACUACAUGAGGCUGGUGGUGAAGGAGCUGGAGAGGCAGCUGGAGGAGAUCCAGGAGGCUGCCGAUGGCGGAGGUGUCGGGGCCGGAGUUGGAGGCCUGCAGGGCAGACCCAAGUCCUCCAGGCGAAACCAGGUGGCACGGACCAGAUCUGGGGCGUCCUCUUCCUCGUCAUCCUCAUCUUCCUUAUCAUCGUCAUCAGGCACCCCUCCCACGGCAGGCCCUAUGUCUGCUCAAAGGAGCCACCAGGACGAGGUGCAGCUCAGCUCCGAUUGUUCCAAGGAGAAUGGAGUCGCAUGGAGUAAACCAACCUUGGCUAACGACUCCGUUGAGGGACCGUCCUGUGUGGCCUGGGACGCUUGCACGGACGCUGUGAUUGGUCACGGGGCUAACGGGGUGAGGGCUCCACCGGUGCCACCCAGGAGAAGAGGAGCAUCUCUGGAAAGCCCUGUCUCCCCUGGCACUGGCUGCUUCUCCAAACUACACGACUGGUACGGCAGAGAAGUGGAGGAAGUGAGAAUGCAGUGGCUGCAGAGCCAGUGAACUAAUGGAGGUGGAUAAUCUCUGGUUUUGUUUCCACCACAGUUUUAUCAUUCCUUUUUAAGAUCAUUCUGCAGCGUUACACCCCUCUGAACCAAUCAGACCUAUUAUCAAACUGCAGUCUUAUCACCGAUCAAAAAAGACAAAUUGAAAUUGAUUGAUUCCAAAUCUUGUCUGGCACAAGGGAAUCAAUCUGUCUUAAACAUUACCACUAUCCAUUGUACAAUCCAAGACAUUUAAAAACACAAAGUAUCCUCUUUUCCACUGUUUUUUAAAUGUGCCAUUUGCCAAAAACAGUUCAAAAAGUUAUAGACACAGUAUUUAAAAUGAUAAUACUUUAUUCAAAGCAUCCGUCUUAACAAGAUACUAAACAGUUUUGCCUUGAUUGGCCUUGUAGUAAAUACAAUUCAGAAAAAAGUGCUGUUCUGUUAUUAUAUUACCAAUGUUCAAGGUUUCCACUUCCCUUCUAGCUUCCAAAAAUUCCAAGUAUGUGCAAUUGUUUUGGGGUCUGUUUUUCUUUAAAGCUGUAGCAACCUUGAUCUUAACUGUGGUUUUCUACUGGAUAGGUAUUCAUGCAAUCUGUGGUACUUAGCAUCUGCAGAAUGCCCCAAAAAAAUCACCACAUUUAAGUCUUUUUCUGAUUCCAGCACAGGGUUGCUAGGGUGUUUUUGUUAUAUGCAAAUGAAAUGGAGAAGGCCACAUAUAGAACAAAUCCACAUGGAUUAGGUUGCUAUAGUGACACUUUGUCCACGACAUACAAAGGUGAAGGUAACGGGAAAUUCUGCAGCUGUAUGAUUGAUGAUGAAAUAAAGGUAACAGCCGGGAAGCCGUUUGUACCGUUGAUGAUAUUCUUAAAAUCUAAUGACAAGGGCAUUAGGACAAUUAAAAAGCUUUCAAGUCAAAGUCAGGUUUCCUGUGACUUCCUGUAAACUUGGGAUAAGCAGUGGUGUUGGGGAAAACUGGUCCAGAUUCCCCUCCGUACCCCCGACGGGGCACAGCUCACCACAGCGACCUUGUGGUUGCUAAGGUCAGAGCAUCCGCUCUGCAGUCACUGGGGACCGUGGUGGGAGCUGGAUGUCUCGCUCAGAGCAGCACACUGGUAUUUUUAGCGCUUGUUAACCGGCGGCCAGAUGAUGCUGUGUCAUAAGAGUGCUUGUCACUUAGUUCCCUUUUGACUCUCGUAUCUCAUAAAUGGAGAUUGUAUAAAUCCUUGGAGUUGUAGGGCCACAACACUUGUCAUUGUGAUUCUCUGAUAAAUUCCUAACAUACAAUCAAAUCCUCUUGAUUUCACCAUACUGUUCGUUUAUCACAGCUGAUGAACGUGUGUUACUGUUAGAGGCCUUUACUGUAUGUGAACAUCUAACCCUUUGGUUUGUUUAUACAUAUUUAACUAUUCCAUGUUGGAAAAUUAACACCAGCAGAAGUGGGCCUUUUAAAAUGAUUGCUCGUACUGUUACUAUACUACUUCUGUUUUUCUAUAUCCAAUCACAUUUUUAUGUGCCUUAUGUUACCUUUAUAACUUUGUUAUUACACUUGCAACCAUUCCCAUAGGACUAUAGUGAUGAGAGGGUUACUGAACUUCCUUCAUUCCUUUCCUUUCCUUCUUUCUGUUCAUUCCUUCUUGACAAUGGCUCCCUUCCUUCAGUCUGCAUCAUUGCACAGCACUAUCAUUACUGUUUUACACAGUUUGGAUGGAUUCAACUGUGGGAAGGAGCGAUACAGUGUGAAUUGUGUUGGUUUUUUUUGCCGAGGCGGUAUGUAUUAACUAAAAUGAUUGUCGUUGUGCCAAUUGGGUUAUCUACAGAGGACCAUUACAGUAAUUAAAGUUGAUAAUGGUAUGCUGUUUUUAACAAUAAUAUUUAAAGAAAUUUGUGAAUGUGUCAAAUUAACCAUAUGAAUGAUAAUCUUAUAUCAGGAGUGGCAAAUGACGAAUGAAACUUAAAUGCACAAAUCAAAUUGUUUUUACCACGAUUGACUUCCACAAUUGUAGUACAACUUUUCACCGUUAUAGCACACAAUAUGAGAAUUGUUUUAAAUAACCAAUAAUAUUUAACACAUUGUCCACAGAUGGUACCCUGACAUGAUGUUUGUUGAUUACACAUUUGCUGUAAACCACUUAAUAAACAGC